CAACCACACACCCCUGCGCGCUCUUAUUAUUGGGAAAACAUCUGCCGCUGCGUCGGAAAAUCUCUUUUAAAUGGCCGAGAUUUAAUUGAAACUGAGUUGAAAUAUCGUGUAACAUAACGGGGGUAGGUUGUCCGAUAAACAAGCUAAAUGUUUACACCGGUAGACCGGUCGGUAUUUUCCCAAAUUAACCGCAACUUAGAUGGAAAAUAGCUUUGGCAAUACCGAAAGGGGGGUUAACGCAAGUUGCUCGGUGUGUCGUGUGUCUGUCGUCGUCGUUGUGCCCGCGUCGGUGAAAACCUACACACGGCCCCGUCAAAUAUCCGACUUGUGCGGAUGGUCAAUUGUUUGUGGUGGUGGGUGAAUCGGGCAAGUGCCGUGGUGCGCGCCGUGCCGAGGAGCCGAGAGGAGAGAGAUAUUGCUUCGCUCUAUUUUGUGAAUAAUUAUAUCUGUUGAGAGAAAAUUCAACUCAACUGGUGUCGUCGUUGAAACGCGGUGCCGAUAACGAAGCGAAUUCGUCAACUUCGGAAUAACUCGAGUCCAACUUCCAGGCCCGACUAUGGAGAUAUCGAAAAGUUUGCAGGAUGAGAUACACUCCGUGCAAAACAAGCUCAAAUACGCCAUACAAAAUCAUCAGGUGUACGUGGGGAAGCUCAACGACGACCCAAACAACGACGAACUUCUUGGACAACUGCACGAGAUUCAAGAGCACAUCAUUUCUCUUUCAAAAUGCCAGAAACAGGUCGUUCAGCGUUUGCGCAAGGAGGUGAAGCUUUACGAAGCGGCAAAUUCAAAUGGCGGCAAAGUUUCUAUAGGCUCAUUACUAGGAUUGAACAACAACGACAGUAUAACGAAUAAUAAUGUAACGAAAAGCCGCGAAACCGAGCAAACCGUCAAUGGGAAUAAUUUCAACGCAUUGAGUCGCAGAUUGUCGAAAGACGAUUACGAGGAUGAAAUUCAAAACGUUGAUCCACCAUCGCCCAAUCAUCAUUUUCGAAAUAAUUGUCCCAGGGAAAGAACAAGAUUCAACCGAAUAGAUUCAAACGACAAGGACAUUGUAGAAAUUGAAACGGAUGAAAAUUCGACUGAGAAACCAAUUCCUGAUGAUAUGUACCGAGAUCUUCGGUGCGAGCAACAAAAUUUUCUUGGAUGUCUCGGAUUGAUCACGGCCGACAAGCACAGGGAAUUACAAAACAAAAGAGCAGAAAGAAAACGCAGGAGUACCGCCAAUCCACAGUUUGUUUAUUCUAAUUGGGAAAUUCCUACUAAAAGAAAAAGACACUCAUAUCUGCAAUCGAAUGGGACAGCACCGCAAACGCGACAAACGACAGCUCGAUUAAACGGUCCAUCUCCACCUCCUUCUAAGGUGGGACGUUUAAAGUCAUCAUCGCCGCCCUGUGCAGCCUCCGCAAAGUCGUUAAUUCCAACGCAAAAGUCAUCAACAAGACCAAAUAUACUUAGAAAUAAUCAAGAAAGUAAAGUAUUUGCAGGCAAAACGAAAUCCGAGAAUAAUUUGAGCCACAAACAGCAGUCUAAUGCUAAGUCGGUUACAUCGGUGGGAGGCAAAGCUGUCCACAUACCUGGUCUACCCUCGAGUUUAACCAUUGAAAGGAUCGAAAAUAUAUGCCGCGCAGUUUGUGUUCUCUGCAGAAAAUCUGAUUCUACUUUAGAGGUUUGUGAAGUUUGUGGUACAUAUUUUCACGCAACUUGCCACGUGGCUUCAAGCCCUACUUUCAGAACCUGUCCAAAAUGUACCACUAAAACUGAGGAAUCAGAUUGUGAUCAAAACAGUAGCGAUACCUUAGCAAUCGAGACCAAAAGAGAAAUUGAAAUAGCAACAGCAUCGAACACGCCAAGAGAUGUUGGGAAAACAAGAGAAGACUCAGAGGUCCAUAAAACGUCUGGUGGAUUUCAUAAAGCUGAUGCAGCAGCAGAACGACCCAUCCCAGCAGCCCUCGGCGUCAACCAGCUUCCAUCCUCAACCUUCCUUAUCCCUAUCGUCCCGAACUCCAUCCCCUCCUCCACCGUCUCCACCACGGUCUCCUCUUCCUCCUCGUCUUCCACAUUCGACGUCCAUCAGUCUGAGACCACUGUCUCAUCUGCAACACCUGUCAACAGUGGAGAAUCAAACAUCAGCACGCCUUACUCCUCAAUUCUCGUCAACCAACUCUCACGACCACCAAGCAUUGAGUCGGACACCAAGGUCACCUACGCCUACCAGUUUCCAAUCACAGUUGGUCAACAAGAAAAAUCACAGUCUUACCUCAUCGUCAAAAAAAUCUCCGAAUCAUCAAAAACCACAGCAAGAAGUAAACAAUUAUCAUCAUCAUCAAUCUCGUCAACAGUCCCCGGAAAUAAACCUGACAGGCGAAGUUCUAUCUCCGCCGCUGUCGACGCUCAACAAUCUCCAAAUGCCAGUUCGAACGACGAUGCUCAAUCAGACGUCAAGUCUCUUGCUUUCAGAGAAUUAUUGGGAAGAUUCAAAAAUCACAACGGACAAGAGCCUGCUAAGCCAUGCGAAGAUACACCGCCAAAACCUGUUAAAUCAGAAUCAACAAACAGUUUUAACGGUGAGAAGUGCCUCAUCAAACAGCACUCUAAGCUCAACAUCAACCAGCUCCGAACACCAAGACAAUCGAACAGUUUUAUACCCCUCCACAGUAUUAUUGGCGGCCCAAAAACUAUCGACAAACCUGAUGUCGCGAAGGAAUCAUCAGAAACACGAAAAGUCGGACAGUCCAGCUGUGAACCCGUCGCCCAUUGUUCAAAAGCCAAAUCAAAAACAAAUUUACUCUACUCAUUGUUCUCAAGCAAUAACGAGUCCCAUACCUUCACCGGUAGUUUUGUCCAGUCGCAAGAUCCAGCCGCAGAACAAAUCCAAUCAGAAUUCAAACUCCAAUCACCUGAAAAUUGCGAAUCGAAAUGCGACAAACUCAAACCUGGAGUUCAUUCUUCCUCCGUCUCAAAUUUCUCAGAAUACGUGAAAUUGGAAGAAGCGCAUUUAUCAGCGCCAUUUAGACCAAACCUAGAACGAAAAAGCCCAGAAGAGUUGAGUGCGAUUUCAGAAAAAAAAGAAGAUUCAGUCUUAUUUUUGGAUGUAAACGAGGGCGAUGACGUUCCGUUGCUUGCGACAAAUGACUCACUCGAAAGUGAAACUCGAGAUAAUGAUGCAGAUUCAAAGAUUGUCAAAGAGAUGGCUGAUAUAAAUCCAGAUUUCACAAGCUUCGAGGAAUAUCAUAACGAGAAUUUGAAAACUACUCUGAAUUUCAUAGCCAUUGAGAAAAAGCACAGUAACACUUACAUCAAGUUUCACAAUUUUGAUGAGUGCAGUGAUUCGGGGGAAGAUGAACGUUCAGACAAGACCCGCCGGCAGGAGACCAUUAGGCAAGAUCUGAAGAUACUGAAAAAUGAGCUAUCACAAAAAAAAAACUAUCUUGCUCUUCGAAAAAAGUUCCUGCCUCCUAAGAUUAAGCCUGAAUUCGAGAGACAAGACUUACCAAUGAACGAUCACGAACUCAUAAUAAAAGAUGCCGAGGAUAAUGACAGAAUAAUCUUGCUUGGAAAAAGUAGUAUUACCACAUUGUCAGAAGAUGAAAGCAAGGCAAAAUUGGGUAUAAAUGUAGUAUCCACAGAAAACAUGCAGGUCCUUGAACAGUUUGAGUCUGCUAUGCUAGAGGUUGACAAAGAUGAAACUACCAAUUGUUGAAACUAGUUUUAAGCGUACCAGCAAAUUAGGAUAUUUAAUAUAAAUGUGAGAUUUGAAAAUGUCUUUCGUUAGCUCAAUAGAUCAUACGUUAUUAAUUCUGUUUUAUUAUCUCACCUACUUUUCUCAUCUCGAUGCGAUAAAGUCUGGAUUCAAUGGAUUACAGUAAUUGAUAUAAGUCGAUGCAAGUUUAUUCAUUGCAGUUUGAAGAGCGAAUAAGGGCGUCUACGAAUUUUAGGAGUAAUCCAGACAAUAUUCAAACCCUAAAAUCAUCUAAAAUCCAUUUACGCGAUUUUUCAGAUUAUGCCAAAAAUCAAUAUUAAGGCUGAUAGUUGUAUCAUUGUAAACGAUAUUCUAAAGUCGUUGUUUGGCGAAGUUUGUUCUUUUGAUUGCACGCAAGGGUUUUAUAGUUAAUAAAUAUUCAUUAAGGAAUACUCGAUUUGAAUUUUUCUUUAAUCAAGAUUUGUUUCUAAGGAGAAUAUUAUUAUUAUUAUGUUAUGUGGGACCAGGAAAGAAAUAAAAGGGAUAGAAAUAACAGAAAUAUUUAGCUUAGAAUACAAGCUUUCAAACAAUACUAUAUAUGUAUAGUAGAUUUCUAACGACUGCAUGAUCCGUCGUCUGCUAAAAUUUAAUGCGUAAGCACUACAAUUCGAGAGCGGCUGUUUGCCAGGGUGAUCGACUGUUUCUAAUCUGAAAAAUUUUCACAGUUGUCACUGGCAGUUGUGCUCAAAACGGACAAAUGUUGAAAUUUUUGAGUUUAUUUACAUCGCGGCGAACUAUUCUCCUAAGUUAUGACGGUCGGUUGCCUUGGCAAACACCCGCUCUCAGAUUGUAGAGCCUGUGUAUUAAAUUUUAGCAGACGACGGUACUAUGCAGUCGUUAGGAAUUCACACUGUAUAUGUGUAUUGCUUAGGUAAUAAAAUAUAUCGAUGAAAACGACAAUAUUUAUCAUACCUAUAUAUUUUUUUGAAGUUAUUAAAUUCAGAAUUGAUCCAAUUUUGAUUAUGUUAUCAUUCUUCAGUGAGUUAAAUAAAUUUAUAAACUUCAACAGCAAUCUAUAGUGAAUGUAUAGAUGAAAAAUCGUAUUAUGUACUCGUGUAGUAUGUAUGGUUGGAAUAAACGAUUUUUUUUUCACCCUA